AUGAGACUGUUCAAGCAGAGUUCUCUCUGCAUCCGCUGGCUCUGGUGCCAUGGCAAUGGGGUGCCUCUGGAGAGUGGCAAUAUAGGUCAGUGAUCAUGGGGGGCUCCUCUCAUAAAACAGUCAUUUAGCUACUGUGUACACACACACACACACACACAGAGAGGCAUUCAUAUGACCCACAUUCAAGUCUGCGGAGGCGUCGCAGGUGAUGUCAUCAACUGUGAACAGAUAUGAAUACACAGAAGAACUCUCUCUCUCUGUGAAGAGCUUUAUCUCUCUCUCGCCCUUCAUGAAACAACCUCUGUUACACACACACACACGCACACACAAACACGCACACACACACAGAGGGCCAUGUCUAAUAGACGUCCCCUAAACAGAGGAAUAAGACCUUAGCCCUGUAUUCACAGACUUCUCUCUCCACACACACACUAAUGAUAGAUGCUCUCAUUCUCUGUUAGUAAUGUGUGUGUGUCAUCAUUAUACAGUUGAAGUCGGAAGUUUACAUACACCUUAGCCAAAUACAUUUAAACUCAGUUUUUCACAAUUCCUGACAUUUAAUCCUAGUAAAAAUUCCCUGUCUUAGGUCAGUUAGGAUCACCACUUUAUUUUAAGAAUGUGAAAUGUCGGAAUAAUAGUAGAGAGAAUUAUUUAUUUCAGCUUUUAUUUAUUUCACAUUCCCAGUGGGUCAGAAGUUUACAUACACUCAAUUAGUAUUUGGUAGCAUUGCCUUUAAAUUGUUUGACUUGGGUCAAACGUUUCGGGUAGCCUUCCACAAGUUUCCCACAAUAAGUUGGGUGAAUUUUGGCCCAUUCUUCCUGACAGAGCUGGUGUAACUGAGUCAGGUUUGUAGGCCUCCUUGCUCGCACACGCUUUUUCAGUUCUGCCCACACGCUUUUUCAGUUCUGCCCAGAGGACAUUUCUCCAAAAAGUACGAUCUUUGUCACCAUGUGCAGUUGCAAACCAUAGUCUGGCAUUUUUAUGGCGGUUUUGGAGCAGUGGCUUCUUCCUUGCUGAGCGGCCUUUCAGGUUAUGUCGAUAUAGGACUCGUUUUACUGUGGAUAUAGAUACUUUUGUACCUGUUUCCUCCAGCAUCUUCACAAGGUACUUUGCUGUUGUUCUGGGAUUGAUUUGCACUUUUCGCACCAAAGUACUUUCAUCUCUAGGAGACAGAACAGCGUCUCCUUCCUGAGCAGUAUGAUGGCUGCGUGGUCCCAUGGUGUUUAUACUUGCAUACUAUUGUUUGUACAGAUGAACGUGGUACCUUCAGGCAUUUGGAAAUUGCUCCCAAGGAUGAACAAGACUUGUGGAGGUCUACAAUUUUUUUUCUGAGGUCUUGGCUGAUUUCUUUUGAUUUUCCCAUGAUGUCAAGCAAAGAGGCACUGAGUUUGAAGGUAGGCCUUGAAAUAUAUUCCACAGGUACACCUCCAAUUGACUCAAAUGAUGUCAAUUAGCCUAUCAGAAGCUUCUAAAUCCAUGACAUCAUUUUCUGGAUUUUUCCAAGCUGUUUAAAGGCACAGUCAACUUAGUUUAUGUAAACUUCUGACCCACUUGCAUUGUGAUACAGUGAAUUCUGAGUUAAAUAAUCUGUCUGUAAACAAUUGUUGGAAAAAUUAUUUGUGUCAUGCAGAAAGUAGAUGUCCUAACCGACUUGCCAAAACUAUAGUUUGUUAACAAGAAAUGUGUGGAGUGGUUGAACAAUGAGUUUUAAUGACUCCAACCUAAGUGUAUGUAAACUUACGACUUCAACUGUACAUAGAGAUGUAAUGUAUGAUGGCUGGAUGAGUCACUUUGUGUCUUCAGAACUAGAGCAACCUAUAAUUAUCUCUAUCCAGUUUAUCACUGUUCCCUAACAUUCUCCACUCUCCUUUUGACAUGUCCACUCAUGAUGAGACUGCUAUGACUACACAGAAACAUUGUCACGAGACUAACCAAAAACAAAGACAAUCAACCUGGUCUCAUUCACGACACUAAGCCUAGUCCACCGAGAGUUCAGCUGUAGAGGAGUUACUGGAGCUGGUGUGUGAGUGAGUGAGUAAGGGAAUGUGUGUGUGUGUGUGUGUGUGUGUGUGUGGAGGAUUAGACAGACAUCAGAGUGUCUGGUAUUGAUUGCUUCCAGCAGAGUCGAGUAAUCUGACAGGAGGAAACAAACCUGAAACAUCAAGCCUCUCAGUAAAUGGAGGAUCGCCUCUCAUUCUGACUAAAUGAAGCUAAGAGGCAUGGAUAUUGAUUCCUAUCCAUGGAAGUACUCUGAGGAAGAGAGGGGUAGAGAGAGAGAUUUCAUUGUUGUUUUAUUUCGUUGAUGAGUUAUUAGAAAUAUCAGAGGUCAAUUUUGUUCAAAUUCAAGGAACAAAAUGAAAUCCCUGAUUUAAUUAAACUGCUAAAAAUGAUUCUGCACACAAUUAUGCUGAAUGAAUAUGUACCUAUUACAUACUGACUUGAAAUGGCUGUAGUUCAGACUUGCAGGCAGUGGUCAUGUGACCUGGCUCACACAAAGACCUCUCUGUCAGCCUGUCCGUGUCUUAUUCAUUCUCCAUGGUCAACCUUCCUCUCUCCCCCACAGUUACUCCUGUCUCCGCCUUCCUACUGUCUAACUCCCCCACCUCUCACCCCUCUACCUUUCAGCUGGUCAUCGACUGGCUUGAAUGCUACAUACAACACCCAUUUUAGAAGCUGCAGAGAACACACACAUGGGUGGACCAACCUUCUCUGCAUGGAUUUAACUGGUGAGAAGAUGUGCAUAAAAAUAUAAUCAAAAAAUCUUAUUACUCUAUUUCUAUGUAGAUGUGUGUCUUUGAUGAGCAGGUGUGUAAGUAGUGAUGGGUUAUUGUGAGGAAUGGGGGCAUUGUAAAGGUCUUUGUGUUUCGUUAAAGGAAACCCCACUGUAGCAAUUAACGGGGAAAGGCCAGAGCAGUUACCGGGCAAGCGCCAUACAUCCUCAUUUGUUUUGAGCAAAUUCAUAUUUUCCUUCGUCCUCUUGACAUUCGUGUCUGGCAAGACUCAUUUUUCAUUGUUGAUAAAUCAGAUUGUAUAUUUGCUCAUUAUAUGGUUUAUAAUACUCGUCCUCCCGAGUGGCGCAGUGGUCUAAGGUUUGAAUCCAGGCUCUGUUGUAGCCGGCCGCGACCGGGAGACCCAUGGGGCGGCGUACAAUUGGCCCAGGGUAGGGGAGGGAAUGGCCGGCAGGGAUGUAGCUCAAUUGGUAGAGCAAGGCAUUUGCAACGCCAGGGUUGUGGGUUCGAUUCCAGUAUAAAAAAAUUAAAAAAUGUAUGCACUCACUAACUGUAAGUCGCUCUGGAUAAGAGCGUCUGCUAGAUGACUAAAAUGUAAUGUAAAAAUGUUUAUUUUAUGGCAAAACAAGAAAUGAAUUUAAAUUAAUUGAGCAGCCUAAAUUGCCUUUUCAUCAACGCCAUUAUCUCUUCUGUUCUCUGUUUUUAUCAAAUGAUCUGUUGUGAGUCUUAGAAAUUAGGUUAUGCCUUGUAUAAAAUAGACCAGUUGCCUAGAUACCACUGUGUUGUGUAUUAUCUAUGUAGUUAUGUAGCCAGUCUCUUAACUUUGCCUCCAAUAAAAACUUAGUAGAAAAACCUUGUUUCAGUCAGGGAAUGGAACAGCUCAAGGUCUACUGUACCAUUAUAUUGCAGCAGAGAUGUCAGGAAACUGUUUGUCAUGUUUUAGCCAUGGUCUUUCUUGGAGCUGAGAUGUGUUUCAUUGUACUUCAUUUGAGAGACAGUGAGGUGUGUGUGUACGUGCGUGCAUGUGUGUAUCUGUAGUUUCUCUGCUUGGCUUGUAUCAGAGGCGGACACAGCUGCAACACUGGCAACCCUGACCCUCAGCUGGGAUGGCAGGGUCUUCCGUGGGGGGGGGGGGGGUAGUCUAAACCCUGUGUUUAUUCCCUCUUCAACAUGCCUCUGAACUCUUGGCACUGUACAUGUCACCUCUUAAUCCUGAAAGUGCUUCUAUGUUCUAAACCCUGUUCCCGUCCCCUGUGUAGGGUGCUUCUGUGGUCUGGGCCUGGUCUACUCCAACAAGUCGUGCACCAUGCCUCCCAUCACCUUCCAGGACCUGCCCCUCAACAUCUACAUGGUCAUCUUCGGAACAGGCAUCUUUGUCUUCAUCCUCAGCCUCAUCUUCUGCUGCUACUUCAUCAGGUGAACUUGGUACAGAGGGGGAUAUAAUAGAUCAGAAUAGAAUAGUGGGUCAGAGAGCCUGUUGGCAGCUAACAGCAGAUGGGGGUAAGAGUGGGAGUCCAGAUAUGUACACAGACAUGCUGCAGCUGCACAGAGCAGUCCACAUGCUCACCUCUGUGAUACCCUUUGAGAGAGAGAGAGAGAGAGGUGACAAGGACACCAAGGGAAUACAGGGUUGAAUACAGAGAGAGAGUGUGACCUUUUCUUCUGUUGACAAUGAACUCCCUGAUUUUUGAGCUGAGGGGACGAUUGUGUCCGAAGGACAGGAAAUAAGGUGGCAGGAAGCUGCCUGCCACAGUGUAAGGAAAUACGUCACUGGAGCAAGGGGAGCAGGGUUCAACAUAACGGUAUUGUAUUUUCUGUAUUGUUUUAUGGUGGUAGGCUAAAGUAUAUUACUGCCCAAAUUAGCUUAAUGGCUAACUCUGGUGCAGCAACACACAAUAACAAAUCAAAUCAAAUCAAAUGUUAUUGGCCACAUGAGCCGAAUACAACAGGUGCAGACAUUACAGUGAAAUGCUUACUUACAGCCCUUAACCAACAGUGCAUUUAUUUUUUAUAAAAAAGUAAAAUAAAACAAAAAAGUGUUGAGAAAAAAAGAGCAGAAGUAAAAUAAAAUAACAGUAGGGAGGCUAUAUACAGUGGGGAAAAAAAGUAUUUAGUCAGCCACCAAUUGUGCAAGUUCUCCCACUUAAAAAGAUGAGAGAGGCCUGUAAUUUUCAUCAUAGGUACACGUCAACUAUGACAGACAAAAUGAGAAGAAAAAAAUCCAGAAAAUCACAUUGUAGGAUUUUUAAUGAAUUUAUUUGCAAAUUAUGGUGGAAAAUAAGUAUUUGGUCAAUAACAAAAGUUUCUCAAUACUUUGUUAUAUACCCUUUGUUGGCAAUGACACAGGUCAAACAUUUUCUGUAAGUCUUCACAAGGUUUUCACACACUGUUGCUGGUAUUUUGGCCCAUUCCUCCAUGCAGAUCUCCUCUAGAGCAGUGAUGUUUUGGGGCUGUCGCUGGGCAACACAGACUUUCAACUCCCUCCAAAGAUUUUCUAUGGGGUUGAGAUUAGGAGACUGGCUAGGCCACUCCAGGACCUUGAAAUGCUUCUUACGAAGCCACUCCUUCAUUGCCCGGGCGGUGUGUUUGGGAUCAUUGUCAUGCUGAAAGACCCAGCCACGUUUCAUCUUCAAUGCCCUUGCUGAUGGAAGGAGGUUUUCACUCAAAAUCUCAUGAUACAUGGCCCCAUUCAUUCGUUCCUUUACACAGAUCAGUCGUCCUGGUCCCUUUGCAGAAAAACAGCCCCAAAGCAUGAUGUUUCCACCCCCAUACUUCACAGUAGGUAUGGUGUUCUUUGGAUGCAACUCAGCAUUCUUUGUCCUCCAAACACGACGAGUUGAGUUUUUACCAAAAAGUUCUAUUUUGGUUUCAUCUGACCAUAUGACAUUCUCCCAAUCCUCUUCUGGAUCAUCCAAAUGCACUCUCGCAAACUUCAGACAGGCCUGGACAUGUACUGGCUUAAGCAGGCGGACACGUCUUGCACUGCAGGAUUUGAGUCCCUGGCGGCGUAGUGUGUUACUGAUGGUAGGCUUUGUUACUUUGGUCCCAGCUCUCUGCAGGUCAUUCACUAGGUCCCCCCGUGUGGUUCUGGGAUUUUUGCUCACCGUUCUUGUGAUCAUUUUGACCCUACGGGGUGAGAUCUUGCGUGGAGCCCCAGAUCGAGGGAGAUUAUCAGUGGUCUUGUAUGUCUUCCAUUUCCUAAUAAUUGCUCCCACAGUUGAUUUCUUCAAACCAAGCUACUUACCUAUUGCAGAUUCAGUCUUCCCAGCCUUGUGCAGGUCUACAAUUUUGUUUCUGGUGUCCUUUGUCAGCUCUUUGGUCUUGGCCAUAGUGGAGUUUGGAGUGUGACUGUUUGAGGUUGUGGACAGGUGUCUUUUAUACUGAUAACAAGUUCAAACAGAUAAUAUAAUAAUAUAAUAAUAUAAAAAUAUAAUGAUGCCAUUAAUACAGGUAACGAGUGGAGGACAGAGGAGCCUCUUAAAGAAGAAGUUACAGGUCUGUGAGAGCCAGAAAUCUUCCUUGUUUGUAGGUGACCAAAUACUUAUUUUCCACCAUAAUUUGCAAAUAAAUUCAUAAAAAAUCCUACAAUGUGAUUUUCUGGAUUUUUUUUUCUUAAUUUGUCUUUCAAAGUUGACGUGUACCUAUGAUGAAAAUUACAGGCCUCUCUCAUCUUUUUAAGUGGGAGAACUUGCACAAAUAGUGGCUGACUAAAUACUUUUUUUCCCCACUGUAUACAGUGGGGUACUGGUGCAGAGUCAAUGUGUGGGGGCACCGGCUAGUUGAGGUAGUUGAAGUAAUAUGUACAUGUGGGUAGAGUUAAAGUGACUAUGCAUAAAUAAUUAACAGAGUAGUAGCAGCGUAAAAAGAUGGGGGUGGGGGGGCAGUGCAAAUAGUCCGGGUAGCCAUGAUUAGCUGUUCAGGAGUCUUAUGGCUUGGGGGUAGAAGCUGUUGAGAAGUCUUUUGGACCUAGACUUGGCACUCCAGUACCGCUUGCCGUGCGGUAGCAGAGAGAACAGUCUAUGACUAGGGUGGCUGGAGUCUUUGACAAUUUUGAGGGCCUUCCUCUGACACCGCCUGGUAUAGAGGUCCUGGAUGGCCUGUUUAAAAGUCUUACUCACAUCGGCUACGGAGAGCGUGAUCACAUAGUCAUCCAGAACAGCUGGUGCUCUCAUGCAUGCUUCAGUGCUGCUUGCCUCGAAGCGAGCAUAGAAGUGGUUUAGCUCGUCUGGAAGUCUUGUGUCACUGGGCAGCUCGCGGCUGUGCUUCCCUUUGUAGUCUGUAAUAGUUUUCAAGCCCUGCCACAUCCGACGAGCGUCAGAGCCGGUGUAGUACGAUUCAAUCUUAGUCCUGUAUUGACUCUUUGCCUGUUUGAUGGUUCAUCGGAGGGCAUAGCGGGAUUUCUUAUAAGCGUCCGGUUUAGAGUCCCGAUCCUUGAAAGCGGCAGCACUACCCUUUAGCUCAGUGCGGAUGUUUCCUGUAAUCCAUGGCUUCUGGUUGGGGUAUGUACGUACGGUCACUGUGGGGACGACAUCAUCAACGCACUUAUAGAUGAAGCCAGUGACUGAUGUGGUGUACUCCUCAAUGCUAUCUGAAGAAUCCCGGAACAUGUUCCAGUCUGUGCUAGCAAAACAGUCCUGUAGCUUAGCAUUUGCUGGUGUAAGUGCUGGGUCAGAAUAAAAGCCUUAGAGAAAGAGAGGGAGAAGGAGAGAGAACAUUCUCCACAGUGUCAUCUGACACGAAUGCUGCAUGGCAUCCAGGCUGAGGGUCCAUCGUUAUAAAAGCUGGGGUUCAUUUAACAGCAAAACCAAAUAGCUCUGACUGGAAGAAUCAAGGGAAAAUCAUAUACACUAGUUCCAUACUAAUCACAGAUAUGGUAUCUGUGGCAUGGUAUUUCAUUUCACUUUGUGUAUUUUAUUUAUGGUUGUAAAUAUACUGAACAAAAAUAUAAAUGCUACAUGCAACAAUUUCAACAAUUUUAAUGAGUUACAGAUAUCUAAGGAAAUCAGUCAAUUGAAAUAAAUCCAUUAGGCCCUAAUCUAUGUAUUUCACAUGAAUGGGCAGGAGCGCAGCCAUGGGUGGGCCUGGGAAGGCAUAGGCCCACCCACUGGCGAGCCAGGCCCACCCAAUGGGGAGCCAGGCCCAGCCAAUCAGAAUUCGUUUUUCCCCCCCAAAAGGGCUUUAUUACAGACAGAAAUACUCCUCAGUUUCAUCAGCUGUCCGGGUGGCUGGUCUCAGAUAAUCCUGCAGGUGAAGAAGCCGGAUGUGGAGGUCCUGGGCUGGUGUGGUUACACGUGGUCUGUGGUUGUCAGGCCGGUUGGACGUACUGCCAAAUUCUCUAAAACGACGUUGGAGGCGGCUUAUGGUAGAGAAAUUAACAUUCAAUUCUUUGGCAACAGCUCUGGUGAACAUUCCUGCAGUCAGCAUGCCAAUUGCAUGCUCUCUCAAAACUUGAGACAUCUGUGGCAUUGUGUUGUGUGACAAAACUGCACCUUUUAGAGUGGCCUUUUAUUAUACCCAGCACAAGGUUAACCUGUGUAAUGAUCAUGCUGUUUAAUCAGCUUCUUGAUAUGCCACACCUGUCAGGUGGAUGGAUUAUCUUGGCAAAGGAGAAAUGUUCACUAACAGGGAUGUAAACAAUUUUGUGCACAACAUUUGAGCGAAAUAAGCUUUUUGUGCGUAUGGAAAGAUUAUGGGAUCUUUUCAUUCAGCUCAUGAAACAUGGGACCAACACUUUAUAUGUUGCUUUUAUAUUUUGUUCAGUAUAGUUUGUAGAUCUAUUCAUCAGAGGAGAAAGUGAGGGAGAGAGGGUAGUCAAUAGAGAAGUGGUGAUAUUGUUAUGAAAACGGUGUUAAAAAUGUUGAGAACGUGUGAGCGAUACUGUUAAUUAACUGCCAUUUUUAAUAUGAACUCAGAAGAAUUCACAUUGGGUAUGUGAUACUCUGUAUGGCCAUGUAAAUAUUGACCUGUAGAUAUUGAAUCACAUUGUCAAAGCCAAAUUGUUUACCACACACACACACACUUUUUCCAAACAGAUCUUUAUCAUUUAGGUUAACUGUGUCUGUUAUGGUGGUUAUUUUGUGGGUCCUUGUUAUGGCUGUGUUUUUUUACACUUGUGCACGUGCCUGCAUGUACAUGUACAGCCCAGCGAAACACUAGUUGUUGUUUUGAGCAGUUUAUUGUUAUUGUUGAUUACUGCUAACAUUGUGCCAUAUAGAACAAUGUGAGGAUACUUGCGUUAUAUGCAUGGAGUUAUCCCAAAAUAAUGUAGUGAACUGGGGGAAAGGGUGCAUGAGGGGUCUUAGAUAUUUCUCAGGACCUAAUUUACCUUCAUGGCUAGAGUGUAAAGCCAUACAGUCCAACCACAGGAUGCAUGGACCAGUGUUGUCCUUAGGUGGGAUGCAAAGGCCUCAAGGCUACAUUCUGGGAUACCAAUACCAUCAUUUGAAAUGAAAACCAAUUUAAUUAAUGUUCUACUAGUGGGAUUUAACCUUUACUGCUCCAACCAAUAAAAGCACAGUGAUUGAUUUGAGUUCUGUGUCUUAAGGGGACUGGGACUGCUUGCGAAAAAGACUAUUGCUAAUUACAUACAGUCAUCCCUAAAUGGUUGGUCAUUGUGUGUUUGUUCACCCACAGUAAACUAAGACACCAAGCCCAGAGUGAGAGGUUUGGCUACAGAGAGGUUGUUUUAAAAGGAGAUCCAAAGAAGUUGAAUCUCCAUGGGGUAAGAAUACUAUAUCUAACUUAUGUUAUUGAUUGUGACUAUGUAUGAUGAAGUUUGUCUAAAUCUUAGUAGUGGGACAUAAUCAAACAUAUCUUAUGCCACCUCAACCUCUAUACCGCUCCACCUCUCUUCUCUCACCCUUUUUUUCUCUCUCGCUCUCGCUCUCGCUCUCUCACUCUAUCUUUCUCUCGCUCUCUGCCUCAAUCUAUCCUUUUUCUGUCUCCUCUUUCUUCCCAUUGUGCCACUCUCAUUCUCUUGUUCUCUCUCUUGCUUUCUAAACCUAUCCUUCCCUGUCUAUUCUCUCCUCCGCCCGUGUCCCCCUCUCUGUCACUCUCACAGCAGACGUGUGCUGUCUGCCUGGAAGACUUCAAAGUCAAAGACGAGCUGGGUGUGUUGCCAUGCCAACAUGCCUUUCACAGGAAGUGAGUACCAAAUUAGGAGGCAGGAGGUCACCACCAUUCAUUUCUACAGUCAGCACACAGAUCUUGGGGGUUUUGAAUGGAGUGAUUUCACUGACAUACCCACAGUUGUUAAAUGUUUCCAGUUCACAGAAUGACAGUACUUGCCUGACUGGAGAGGUACAGUGGGAGAAAAAAGUAUUUAGUCAGCCACCAUUUGUGCAAGUUCUCCCACUUAAAAAGAUGAGAGAGGCCUGUAAUUUUCAUCAUAGUUACACGUCAAUUAUGACAGACAAAACGAGAAAAAAAAUUCCAGAAAAUCACAUUGUAGGAUUUUUUAUGAAUUUAUUUGCAAAUUAUGGUGGAAAAUAAGUAUUUGGUCAAUAACAAAAGUUUCUCAAUACUUUGUUAUAUACCCUUUGUUGGCAAUGACACAGGUCAAAUGUUUUCUGUAAGUCUUCACAAGGUUUUCACACACUGUUGCUGGUAUUUUGGCCCAUUCCUCCAUGCAGAUCUCCUCUAGAGCAGUGAUGUUUUGGGGCUGUCGCUGGGUAACACAGACUUUCAACUCCCUCCAAAGAUUUUCUAUGGGGUUGAGAUCUGGAGACUGACUAGGCCACUCCAGGACCUUGAAAUGCUUCUUACGAAGCCACUCCUUCGUUGCCCGGGCGGUGUGUUUGGGAUCAUUGUCAUGCUGAAAGACCCAGCCACGUUUCAUCUUCAAUGCCCUUGCUGAUGAAAGGAGGUUUUCACUCAAAAUCUCACGAUCAAUGGCCCCAUUCAUUCUUUCCUUUACACGGAUCAGUCGUCCUGGUCCCUUUGCAGAAAAACAGCUCCAAAGCAUGAUGUUUCCACCCCCAUGCUUCACAGUAGGUAUGGUGUUCUUUGGAUGCAACUCAGCAUUCUUUGUCCUCCAAACACGACGAGUUGAGUUUUUACCAAAAAGUUCUAUUUUGGUUUCAUCUGACCAUAUGACAUUCUCCCAAUCCUCUUCUGGAUCAUCCAAAUGCACUCUAGCAAACUUCAGACGGGCCUGGACAUGUACUGGCUUAAGCAGGAGGACACGUCUGGCACUGCAGGAUUUGAGUCCCUGGCGGCGUAGUGUGUUACUGAUGGUAGGCUUUGUUACUUUGGUCCCAGCUCUCUGCAGGUCAUUCACUAGGUCCCCCUGUGUGGUUCUUGGAUUUUUGCUCACCGUUCUUGUGAUCAUUUUGACCCCACAGGGUGAGAUCUUGCGUGGAGCCCCAGAUCGAGGGAGAUUAUCAGUGGUCUUGUUUGUCUUCCAUUUCCUAAUAAUUGCUCCCACAGUUGAUUUCUUCAAACCAAGCUGCUUACCUAUUGCAGAUUCAGUCUUCCCAGCCUGGUGCAGGUCUACAAUUUUGUUUCUGGUGUCCUUUGACAGCUCUUUGGUCUUGGCCAUAGUGGAGUUUGGAGUGUCACUGUUUGUGUUUGUGGACAGGUGUCUUUUAUACUGAUAACAAGUUCAAACAGGUGCCAUUAAUACAGGUAACGAGUGGAGGACAGAGGAGCCUCUUAAAGAAGAAGUUACAGGUCUGUGAGAGCCAGAAAUCUUGCUUGUUUGUAGGUGACCAAAUAUAUCUCUGGUAAAGAUCGCUUUAGUGCAGGGAUGGGCAACUGGCGGCCCGCCCCUUUUGAAGGUCCCUCGGAUCAAUUUCCCUAAAAUGUGGAACUCAGUCGGAGUGUCAACUUACUGUUGCGAAUUAGAAUAGUAGAAUACACAAGGUGCAAUUUAGAAAUUUGGUUGUGCAUCAGUCGUUUUUAUCUUCUUAUGUCAGUCACUGAUAGUCAGUCAAUUAGCCCAUGUCAGCUAACAUUUUUAAGACUGCUAAGUUAGUUUAGCGGCCAGCUAUCUAAACUUGUUAUCAUGGUCGAAUUACCGGCUGGGGGGGCCCGCAUUAAUUUUGUUUGUCAGUCUCACUCAGAUAUCAUGCAAAUGAUGAUGUGGGUACGCAGAUCCGCGAGCAACUGCGGCCCCUCAUAAUGAGUUCAGAUUGUUUGUGGCCCCCACCCCCGGCAAAGUUGCCCAUCCCUGUUUUAGUGUAUCCCAUUUCAAGCCCUUUGAUGUGAAACAUUGUUUUUCUUUGACAGAUAUUCUCUAUUUUUCUGGGAUUCCCUUUGUGAUGAUCAGUUGCAACCUUUGUUGUGUAAUUAAUUACACAGAAUUUUUCAAAUGCACCCUUUGUGAUGUCAUCAAUUAGACUGAAUUUUACAGAUGCAGCCUAGUCUCAUAGACUAGACAUAACGUUUUACAUUUACAUUUUAGUCAUUUAGCAGACGCUCUUAUCCAGAGCGACUUACAGUUAGUGAGUUCACCCCGUGGGAAAAGAACACACAACCCUGUCGUUGCAAGCGGCAUGCUCUACCAACUGAGCUACAGGGGAUUACAUAACAUAGUAAAUGUACAUCCGGGGCACUCAAAUUAGUAUGAUAUGUUACGUUUGGUAUGGUUACAUAAGACAGAAGGUUACUUAAGGCAAAAAACGAAAGUAGGGUGGUUGGUCAGGGUGGAUGGGGGGGCUUAUAACGCGAACGUCUAGCAACCCAAAGUUUGCAUAUUCGAUUCUCAUUACGGACAACUUUUCAACUACUUACUACUUUUUAGCUACUUUGAAACUACUUAGCAUGUUAGCUAACCCUUCCCCUAACCCUAACCUUAACCCUAACUCCUAAACUUAACCGUAACCUUAACCCUAACCCCUAGCCUAGCUAACGUUAGCCAGCUAGCUAACGUUAGCCACCUGGCUGGAAUUCGUAACAUAACAUACGUCUAGCAAAUUCAUAACAUAUAGUACGUUUUGCAUAUUCGUAAAGAUGUAUUCUUUGUGAUGUCAACAAUUAGAAUUACUUGGAAUGUUUAACAAAUAUAAUUUCGGUGUGUUUCUCAGGUGUCUGGUGAAAUGGCUGGAGGUGCGAUGUGUGUGCCCCAUGUGUAACAAACUUAUCGCAGGACCCCCAGAACAGCGCCACAGCAUAGGAACACUACUGGACGAACUGGUGUAA